AUGGCUCACAACCGCGCCUUAGCCCUUUUCCUCGUUGCCCUCGUCUUUGCCGCCGCCUCAAACCCACUGGCCCACGGCCUGCAGUUGAAUGUGACUGGCCUAACCAUAAGCGGCCAGCUCUGCUGCAGGCCCACAGGAAAUUGCCCCGGACAGGGUGUUUCCGGAGCCCUCGUUAGCCUCAACUGCACGAAUUUCCUCGGUGUAACCACCACAGUCGGUCAAACCACGACAGGCAUUAACGGGACGUUUAACAUUACUGUUCCUGGUUUGACCAAUCUUCUUCGAGGCUUGCCCAAUCUUCCGCAGUGA